GAUAAAUAGCAAUGCGUUUUGUUGCCUCGAAUACCACGCCAGCCUUGUGGAUCGCCCAUCAUGAGGACACUUACUUACACCACUAUCGGUCUGGCGACUGCCGCCCAUGCCUCGCCUCUUUCUGCAAGCAAGAAAAUCAACAUUCCAGCAUCUCCACCCAAGGAUGCAAAACGACCUCUGGAGCACUUCGUAUCCUACUCGAUCGAAUUCUCCUCGCUGGCUGAUUUUGCAGGAAACUUGUCUAACCCGAAUACAUACUCUUACAACUUGCUGGAGAAUGUUGCAAGAUAUGCUGGGAGCAAGCCUUUGAUUCGAGUGGGCGGCAACACUCAGGACUUGACCAUUUUCAACGCUUCACAAGAGGAAGCAGUUCUGCAGGUCUUUAACCCUGCCAAUCCGGAUUACCCUGCAAAUCAGACGAUCGGCCCAGCUUGGUUCGAGUCGUAUCAGACAUGGCCAGGCUAUCACUUCAGCCACGGCUUCAACUUGGGAGAAGACUCGGCGGAAGACCGUCAGGCGUUGCUUGACUCCGUUCCCUACGCUUGCAAGGCAUUGCAAGGCCGCUUCUACGCCUGGGAGCUUGGAAAUGAGCCAGAUCUGUUCAUUGUACCGAUAACGCCCAAUCCUCCUCGCGAUCCCGACUACAACGAGGAAGACUAUGUUGCAGAAUGGCUGGAAUGGAGUCGCAGGAUUCGAGAAGAAGUAGAUGAUGCCUGUCCAGAGUUGAGCACUGAUGAGCAAUACAAGUUCUUGGCUCCAUCUUUUGCUGGCGCACCGGCACUCUCCAAUCUCAGUGUUGCCAAAACCUUUUCUGCUGGCUUGAAUGAGGAUAACACUGUCGGGAUCAUUGCCCAACACAAAUACAUUGGCGCUCGUGGCGACCCAGGCAUCACGCUACAAGGCACUCUCAUGAACCAUACCAACAACAAACGUGCAGUUGGUCAGCUGGCAGCAGUCUCGGCUUCCAUUCACAAUAUCCCGGACCAAAGCCUCGUGCCCGAGAAUGCUCCAAUUAUUCUCGGUGAAGGUAACUCGCUUGCCAGACAAGGCAUUGGCGGUGUUUCCAACUCUUUCGGCGCUGCACUUUGGGGCUUCGAUUAUGCUCUGACGCUUAUCACUGGUGGCCUGGCAAGAUGGCACAUGCAUCAAGGCACAAACUACAGAUAUCAGCCAUGGCAGCCGAUCGAGACGAGAAAUACCACAAAAGGUACCAAGGCACCAUACUAUGGCAACAUUGCCACUGCGGCUUUCCUCGGCGAUCUAACCAAUGCACGUCCACAAAUUGUCGACCUUGGCCUACCUGGUGACUUUCAGUCGGCCUUUGCUUCUUACGCGGAUGGCGACUUGACCAAGAUUGCUAUCAUCAAUCUCCAGUCAUACAAUACAUCUGAUGACAACGAAUACAAGACACCAGGCGAGCGACCUGCUACGACUUACUCUUUCAAGGUUCCUCGCUAUUACCGCUCAGCUUCACUGCAGCGUCUAACGGCGAACGGAAGCGACGCAAUCACUGGUGUGACCUUUGACGGGUUCAGCUACGCUUUCGAACUGGACGAAGGACGACCAGUGCGUUUGAACAAUGUGACUUGUGGUGAGAAGGUGAAAGUCCAGCGCGGUCAGGUUACUGUUGAAAUUCCCGACAGUAGCGCUGUGAUUUUGAAUCUGCAGUAGAGCAUACCUUCGACAUGUUGCAGAAAUUCAGAAAAUUUAAUAAACAAGAUAUGCAGCGAUGUGUAUGUGUGCUGUCAGACAUGUGAAGCUCUACCGCACUGGGCGUAAUCAGGAAGCAAUACAAAGAUUUGACAUCAAAUACCACAACCUGCUGACAAGCUGCACGCUCUGAAUUUGACAUGGCACAGCUGCCCACAAGAGCUGGGUUCCUUGCCGAGGCCGCGACGACCAUCGACGAAUUAGGCAAUUUGACGCUGCUUUUUAUAGACCGUAGGGCUCGACGCAUAUGUGUGGUCAGUCUGCAGUGUUGGUAUAAGAACAUCUACAUUUCAUGCACGCUCAUCGCGUCUGUCUCGUUCUCCCACGUCUCCCGCGUCGCUCAUCAAACAC